UCCAUAGUUGUCUUCGAGUCUCUUGAAACGUAAUGGCCUUCCUCCCGCCUCGAGUGCCACCGCGUCCAUUUGCGCCACCUCCUCCAAAGGUAUCCCCGUCUAUACCACCGCCACCUAAUCGCCGGAGCCCCCCACCACCCUCACCUUCGAAGCAAGCACCACCUCCCCCACCACGCGGCAGACUCCCGCCACCCCCACCUCCGAAGAAAGCGCCACCGCCACCAACUCGCCGCAGCCCCCCGCCACCCCCACCUCCGAAGCAAGCGCCACCACCACCGCCAAGGAAGAUGGCCCCGCCUCCGCCGAAGCUGCCACCGCUGCAGCCGCCUCCGCCGAAGCUGCCACCGCUGCAGCCGCCUCCGGCACCCGUCCGUCCUCCACCACCGGUGCCUCCGCCACCAAGCCCAAACCACACCGUUAUCAUCGUCGUGUUCGCCUCCCUCGGCGGCCUUCUCCUCCUCGCAUUCCUCGCGGCGGCACUGUUUUGCUGCAUCAAGAAGAGAAAGAAGAAGAUGGCCGCCAAAAGCGAAGCCGUGGACGUGGAGGACCAUGCGCAUGUCCACGAGACUGUCGUUCCAGGACCCCAUGGCCAACAACUGGCGACCCUGUCGAUCGACGAAGAUAUCAAAGUCCAUGAGGUGUUCAAGAAGGCCACGGUGACGGGUGAAGCCUCAUUUAGUGAGCCUGCAUCAGGGAAACAACGUUCGAGCAGCAGGACCGGCGGCGCUGGCCCUUCUGUGACAAGUCGCCACCACCUUCUUUAGCACAAAGGCUCGCAGACAACAGAAAUGGUCGCCAAAGCUCUGAGAAAUAUGCAUGAUGGUUGAAUAAGUGUGCUUAUUUGAUUGUGUUCCUGUUUACACUUGCAUUCAUUCCAUUCAUUGUCAUCUGCUGUGUGUGUAUUGUGAUUAUUUAAGAACUGUAUUCAUUUAUAAAUAAGUAAUAUGUCAUUAUUAUUAUUAUUAUUAUUGAUGAGACAUCUGAGUUCAUUAGUGUAUU